UAUCGCAGGGUUAUCUGCUGCGUCGAACAGCAACUUACUAAAUCCAACUGCCAAGUGCCCGGAAAGCACUCUUCAUGACAUCGGGCAGGUAGUCAAAAUACCCACAAUGCCACAGGAGGCUGCCACCGCGACAGUUGCCGCUUCCUUGGACUCGUUGUUGUCGCCCAAGGCCCAGACAUUCGACGUCAACAUCCGAGAAUCUGUGGCGGAAUCCGAUUUCAACGACGUAGUCCUGGAGGAUGAUUCUCGAUUCUCGACUGUCGCUCUUUCUUCGAGGCGUAGUAGUUCCAGCGCAGGCUCGUCGGUACAUACUUUGGACAGUCCUCGACCGCAUAGCAAUUCAUCUACUCUGGAGUCGAGUUUCGAGGCUCCCAAGAAACCUUCUCACAAGAAAUCAGCUUCUACAACGACGAUACGGUCCAAUCAUAAUCUCACGUUUCUUCUAGCAAAGCUGGAGGAGGAUUCCACGAAACGAGGCAGCAUCGACGGACAAAUCAAACUUCAAGAGGGAUUCGUUCGUUUACAAAAGGAGAAGGGAGAUCAAACAGAGACUGAAAAUAGCAAUGACGCUGAGGUUAUUGACUGGGAUUUUUGGGGCGCUGUCAUGUCUGAUUACCAACAAUUUGCCUCCGAAGAACCAGAGAGACUUGCACAGGCCAUCGCCAAAGGAAUUCCUGGAACCCUUCGAGGCAUGAUGUGGCAGCUUAUGGCAGCAUCGAAAGAUCCUGAGUUAGAGAGCACGUAUCUGAAGCUUUUGAAGGAGACAAGUCCGCACGAGAAAGCUAUAACCCGCGAUUUAGGCAGAACGUUUCCUCAUCACGACUUCUUUACCGACGGCGAUGGCAUUGGGCAGGAGAACUUGUUCAAUGUCCUUAAAGCAUAUUCUCUAUAUGAUUCGCAGGUGGGAUAUUGCCAAGGGCUUCCCUUCGUAGUCGCCAUAUUGUUGCUCAAUAUGCCGGAUGAGGAAGCCUUUUCCCUGCUGGUUCGGCUGAUGUAUGUUUACGAUCUUCGAGGCCACUUCCUUCCGGAGAUGCCGAAGCUGCAACUACGUCUGUUUCAGUUUGACCGUUUAGUGGAGGAGCUUCUACCUGUUCUUCAUAUACAUUUCCUUCGCCAAGGUGUCAAAUCCAGCAUGUUCUGUUCACAGUGGUUUUUGACGAUGUUCAGCUACCGAUUCCCAUUAGACGUCGUUUUCCGGAUAUAUGACAACUGUCUAGCAAACGGAAUCGAGGCUAUGUUUGGAUUUAGCAUCGCCCUACUUCGCAAGAACGAGGACUUACUUCUGGGUCUCAAGUUCGAUGAGAUCCUGACGUUUCUCAAUACAAAGCUCUUUGACAGAUACAAGGUGCAGUCUGCUGAAUGCGGAGAUCUCCACGGAGUCAAAUACAAUGCAGACGAGUUCGUGAACGAGGCAGUAUCACUUCGGAUAACGCCAUUUCAGUUAGAUACGUACGGUCACGAAUACGAUGACAUUAUGCGUGAAGCCAACAAGCAUAAAGUCGAGAUGGACGAGCUCAGGACAACGAAUCGAAAUUUGUCCGCCAAAGUCAAAAGCCUUGAAGCAGAUUUCGCUCAACUGAGUACUGAGCACGUAGAACUGUUGAACGAGCUUGUAAAAGCAAGAUUACAAAAUGAAGAAACGGAAAGUGAACUUGUCCGCUAUAAACUUUUAUAUGCGGAAGCCAUGCACCAAAAUGAGGAGGGUCAGUCUUCUAAUCGAAUAUCAAACUCUAUAGCGUCCAUAUUCAGCAGGAGAGGUAGUAGCAAUGUUUGAAUCGUGUUGAAUUCCAUGUAAUAUGCAUAUAUUGUAUUGUUAGCACCUGUACGAUUGCCGGAGGUUUCGGCCGAAGUCGUUCCAUCUACU